GACCAUAAAACCAGUCUGACCAGGUUGGCUGUCCCAGAUUGGCAGUAAAUACGGUCUAGCUGGGAUGUAUAUAAAGGGAAAGUUUCUGGAUAAAAAGCAUUUAAAACUGUACAAUCGGACAAAGCAGGUAGCCUUUAAUCAACUACAGAGGGCCAGCAUGACCUUGGCUGUGUAGAAGGUGAAGAGCUGCUGUAGGGAAGAGGAGACACUAAACUUCGCAGGUCUUUGAAAUUAAGGAAGCGUCUUUUAUAAAGGCUGCCAGGUACAAUGAAGGUUCUCUUACUGAAAGACGCCAAGGAUGAUGACAGUGGCCAGGAUCCAUAUAUCCAGGAACUGCGAUUGUGUGGCCUGGAAGCUACACUGAUUCCUGUUCUGUCAUUUGAGUUUAUGUCUCUCCCCAGUUUGUCAGAAAAGCUGUCUCAUCCCGAAGGCUUUGGAGGACUCAUUUUCACCAGCCCCAGGGCAGUGGAAGCCGUGAAACUGUGUCUGGAGAAGGACAAUAAAACUGAAGCCUGGGAGAAGUCGCUGAAAGACAGAUGGAAUGCCAAGUCUGUGUAUGUGGUUGGAAGUGCCACUGCUUCUCUAGUGAAUAAACUUGGCCUGGAUGCAGAAGGAGCGGGCAGUGGAAAUGCAGAAAAGCUUGCUGAAUAUAUUUGCUCAAAGCCGUCUUCAGAACUGCCUCUUCUCUUUCCCUGUGGAACUAUCAAAGGAGAUACUCUUCCAAAAAUGCUCAAGGACAAAGGGAUUCCCAUGGAAAGCAUGCAUGUCUAUCAGACAAUUCCACAUCCUGGAAUCCAAGGGAGCCUGGAGAGCUACUAUGAAAAUCAGGGUAUUCCAGCCAGCAUCACGUUCUUCAGUCCCUCCGGCCUUAAAUACAGCCUCGAGUAUAUUCAGGUGUUAUCUGGUGGCAGCUUUGAUCAGAUUAAGUUGGUAGCCAUUGGCCCCAGUACAACUCGUGCUAUGGCUGCCAAGGGCCUGCCUGUGAGCUGCACUGCAGAAAGCCCCACACCACAAGCCCUGGCUGCAGGCCUCAGGAAAGUGCUGAAGCCAAGCAACUGCUGCUGAGGUCUGUGCCGAGCCAGCUCCUUCCCUGCGCCUCUAGGGUGGAAUCCAGAUUCAGAGAGGAGCUCUGGAGAAGCUGCCUGUGAGCAUGGCACCGUCCUCCAUGGAGCCCAGCCUGGAACCUAGGCCAGGUCCACUGGCCAUUAGACCUGGGGAAAAGAGAGCUUCCUGUGCCUAGAAAGAAGGAAAUGAAAUCGACUACGUGGUUACUUGUGCUUGCUGCCCACUCUUACAAACUGUAUUUCUUUUAUGCUUGUCAGUGUCUUGUCUGCAUGUGCAUCUGUGUGCCGUGUGCAUACCCGGUGCCUGGAGAAGAAGGUGAGGGUGGCAGAUCCCCUCGAACUGGAGUUAGAGACAGCUGUGAGCCGCCAUCUGGGUGCUAGGAAUUGAACCCAGGUCCUCGGAAAGAAUAAGUACUCUCAGCCACUGAGUCAUAACUCCAGCCCACUAUUAUCAUCUGUGGUUCUCUGAUGAUGAUAGAGUGGUGUUCUGGGGCAACAGAACACCAUAUUUCUCUGAUGCUGGCCUGGUAAGAAUGAUAAAUCGCUAUGUGUGAAGUAGAUUUAGCCAUCAUUCAUUACGUAAACAAAUAAAUAAAUAAAUAAAAUAGGACUGAGCG